AUGGUGACCACAAGAAAUGCUGUCGAAGAUCCUAACGGAGUGAUACGGGCAUUGGAGUUGAGAAUGGAGGAAAUGCAACGAAGACAUGAAGAGAUGCAGAAGAAACAUGAGGAGGAAAUGGCGGCCGUGCGAGCCGAAUGUCUAGCCCAGAUGAGGGAGCAGGCCGCGCAUGCGAAUGGGGAGAAAGAACGAACUCGGCCGUUGGAAGACGAGAGAGAGGAGCACGGUAAUGCUCGGAAGAAUGAGGAAAACAAGGAAGAUGGGGGGGAGAAAGGAGAAAGUACAAUAUUGGUGAAAAAUGAGGCACCCUCUGUGCCGGUGCCCUUCGCACGGGCGAUAAUGGAAAUCCAGAUACCCGACCGGUUUAUUCCUCCACAAUUUAAGACAUAUGAUGGAACGUCCGAUCCCGAGGCCCAUGUUAAAUCCUUUACAAAUGCAAUGGCAUUUCGCACCGGCUGUGAUGCCAUCUGGUGUAGGGCAUUUUCGCUGUCCUUGGAGGGAGAGGCGUUGGAAUGGUUUGACUCCCUCCCGGACGGUUCGAUAGAAAACUUCAAGGGUUUAAGCAACAUGUUUAAAAACCAGUUCGCCGCCUGUCGAACACAGGAGGCCACGGUAGUUGACCUGAUGAAUCUCAAGCAGGGUAAGGAGGGGCCUUUGAAGGACUUCAUGGAUCGAUUUCAAAAAACCGUUCGGCGCGUGAAGGGACUCAGUACGGAGUUGGCUUUACAGCAUGUCAUGCCUGGGUUGCGUCCCGGACCAUUCAAGGACAGUAUAUGUCGGAAUCCCCCCAAAAGUAUGGAAGAAUUGCGUCAACGGACGGCUUAUGAGAUCAGGGUGGAAGAUAUGAAACAAAGUUACCGGAAGGAACUUCAGGAGGCAAAGGCGGAGAAGGAAAGUCGCUGA